AUUACAUCAAUUUUUCCAACAAUGACUUUAGAUCGGAGUGUUCCCAUGCCUUGUGGUCACCCCAUCUUCUAAAUUAUGUAAAGUGUUCCUUUUUGCUCGUGGUCGCCCCAUCUCGCCAUAUUCUAAACUAUCUAGAAAUGGCUCGAGGAGCAUCUAUUGGACGCCUCAAUGAUCCUUCACUCUCCGGUGAUCAUCCACCACACGAUAAUGAGGAAGGAGAAUCUACAUCACAUAAUAUAGAAGGUGUUGAUACAACAAGUAACUCUCUGAACGAGCAAGACGAAGAAGAACCUACAAAGGAUGCACGCGGUCGCCCAUUCAUACAUCUCAGGGGGGAAAUACUUGCAUCCUUCCGGUGUCGUGGCAAGCAUAUGUACGUAUAAUUUCAAGCAGAUAGUUGACCCGAAUGGAUUCAGCCAGAAAACUCUAACCAAUGAAUACAUUAACCUUUAUUGGGCUGAAUUUAAGAAAUCUGCUAACUGUGAGGCUUAUGAUCAAGAUGAGUGCAAUAAGGCUUUUAUUAGCAAGUGCAAAGUUAGAUACGGGGAUUUCAUCACAUAUUAUAAAAAGAAUAAGCAAAAACCUCCUUUUUACACAUAUGCCCAAUGGUUGAAUUACCAAAAAGGCUGGAAUUUACCCGAGAGUAUUGAAGCUUCCGAGAGGUACUCGGAAAACCGUAGACAAUGGCUUGAGACUACGGUUGGCACACAUUCUAAUGGAUGUAUAUCUUUUGCGGAGACAGCAGCAAAAAUGGCCAAAGAGAACUGUAGGGAUCAGACCAGUCCAGGUUCACUAAUUACCGAGACCUCUUUAUUCUUCUUACAAGAGAGCUCAGCCAAACUCUAACCACGCGGCUGAUAUUAAUCAAGGUUACAAGUAUGUUUACAAGUAAUAUAUCCUAGCUAUUACAACUCUCUGUUGGAACCCUAGCUAGCCCCUUGAUUACUCCACAGCCUACACACUAAGUACACGAGUCAGUAAUAACAAGUAAGAUCCAAAAGGAUCCAAGGUAUUACACACAAGAAGAACAAGAAAAACAGAGGACACCGAAUAGAUCAAAGAUUUUGGCUUAGACACCCGCCAACAGUUCAGAUCUAUUCAACCUGAACCAGAUCCAAGGGAGCACCGUUGAAUCGACUAGAGAUCACCCUCAAACCGCCGAUACCUUCACCACAAAACCCCUUCAUACCGGAUCAAGAUCCACCGAACACAAUCUCAGAGUAAAGCCCUCACACACAAAACCCUAAUUCUCACCAACACUCACACUGAUCAAUCACGCUCAGAGUAGUGAAGGAUCAAAAAGAAAACUACCGGAGAAAUCAUCGGAGAAGAAGAGAGAAGAGAGAGCACACACUGAAUCAAGUUAGUAGAGAGAGAGAGAGAGAAGUGUAAAAUAUGGAACAAAAACCGGCAUACACUUCACACAUAACAAACACAACCCUCCAUCCAACGGUGCAGAAACAUAAUCCAAGUGAAGAGGAGACGUGGCAGCAAUCGGAUGGUGGAGAGCAAAGGUCUUCGGGCUAAUAGGCUUGGUCAUAUGGACCAGGCCCAAUAAUUUGGCAUUGGACCAAAUUAAAUCACAGCCCAAAUAAAUGUCCACCAAAUAUAUUCAACAUACUCUACCUUGGACUUUAUUAUGGGAAACCAAUCUGAACUGGGGGCUAAGGCUUAAAAUCAUCACAGCCUACAAGGCAGCCCCGUUAGCACCAAGGAACAAAGUUCCCUUGCAUUUUGGGUAGCCACCAGGUUGCCUUUAGACGCAGAGGGCUGACACCCAUUAGUCUAGAAGGACUUCAUGCCUCCAGCCACCUAACACCCUUACCACAGCUGAUAUGGUGGCAGAGGUCUUUCCCCCGGGACAUGCAACCUAUCCUAGAUCAAAGUGUAAAAACUUAAUGCAGAAAAGCAGUUUUUCUAAUGGUAAGGGCUUAGUUCCUAUGUCAGCAAGAUUUCUAUCUGUAUGCACUUUUAGAAGAAAAACUUCACCCUUUUCAACAAUAUAUCUAAUGUAAUGAAACCUCACAUCUAUAUGUUUUGUCCUAUUAUGAAAAAUAGGAUUUUUACAUAACUGAAUAUAUUCUUCACAGUAGGAGAAUCCUUCACAAACGUAAGUUCAGAAAGAACUCCCUUUAAUAUAUGAGAUUUCCAACUAAUAUAUGACAUGUAAACUGUAAACACAUAGGAAGUGGUUGACUUCCUCUUAUCCCUGUCAUUAGCAUAGUUGGAAUCCACAAACCCAGUGAGUGAAACACCUUCAUCACAUUUAGAAUAACAAUGCCCAUCAUUAGCAGUGAGCUUCAAGUAUCUCAGAAGACAUUUUAAAGCUUCCCAAUGAAUAG